AUGGCGGCCCUGCCCCCGCAGCCAUCCAUUCCCAAGCCCGACCCUCCAGUCAGCCUUUCCGUGAACGCAGAGGCCACUUUGGAUGGGCGGGGCUCCGUGAGUGGCGCGGAGAGCGGCCUUAGCAACGGCUUUCGAGCUGUGAACGUCGCAGUUGCUCUGUGCAGCGGGCGGGUUGGGAACAUGCCCCAUCCGCCGCUAAUACCAACACUCCACAAGCGGGUCGAGUGUGGGCGUCCGCGGGGUGGCCUCGUGGCGGGGAAGGCGAGGAUUCAGAAAGCUACCCUGGAGGACCACGGCCUGAAUGGAGAAGCCGCAUCCUACUCCUGCACAAGUUCAGGCCAAUGGAAGAAAAAAGCAACAAAAAUUGAAUUGAAUGAAAUCCAAAAGCAAGAAAUUAAAGGGGCUUUUGACUUAUUCGAUGUUGAUGGGUCUGGAACCAUAGAUGUGAAAGAACUGAAGAUUGCAAUGCGGGCCUUAGGAUUUGAACCAAAGAAAGAAGAAAUUAAACAAAUGAUAGCUGAAAUCGACAAAGAAGGAACUGGCACAAUUAGUUUUGAAGAUUUUUAUGCCAUUAUGUGUAUAAAGAUGAGUGAAAAAGAUGAGAAAGAAGAAAUAUUGAAGGCUUUCAAAUUAUUUGAUGAUGAUGAUACUGGAAGCAUAUCACUAAAUAACAUCAAGAGGGUUGCCAAGGAGCUAGGGGAAAAUCUAACAGAUGAUGAACUUCAGGAAAUGCUUGAUGAAGCUGAUCGUGAUGGGGAUGGAGAAAUAAAUGAGGAAGAAUUUUUGAGAAUGAUGAAAAAGACAAGUCUUUAUUAACACUGAUUUUUGUGCCU